CGAACCUUGAAACAGUUUGUUUUUAUAUAAUUUCAGUUGAAUUUAGAAUAUUGAGAUAAUCACUUGACACAAAAUGGUUCUAUCAAUGGAUCGGUGGAAAGGAAAAGUGGCCAUUGUUACUGGUGCAAGCUCUGGUAUUGGGGCUGCCAUCGCUAGAAGAUUAGUAGAAGAGGGACUUCAAGUUGUAGGUUUGGCAAGGAGAAAGGACAGACUAGAAGAUUUGAGUAAACUGGUUUCUGAUAAACCUGGCAAACUUUAUUCCAUUCAAACCGAUAUAUCUAAUGAGGAUGAUAUUUUGAAGGCAUUUGAAUGGACGAAACGAAAUUUAGGACCAGUCCAUAUCCUUGUUAAUAACGCUGGUACAAAUGUAACAGGUUCACUCUUGGAUGGAUCAACAGAAAAUUGGAACAAAAUAUUCCAGUUGAACGUAUUGGGCCUCAGCAUAACGACACGAGAAGCUAUCAAACAAAUGAAUCAAAGUAAUAUUGAUGGACACAUUAUUCAUAUUAAUAGCGUGUCAGGUCACCAACCCAUCAGGAUCCCGCGAUUGGGUAUGUACAUGGCCAGUAAACAUAGCGUGACAUCUCUAACCGAGUCGCUUCGAUAUGAACUGGCUCUUUCAGGAUCAAAAGUGAAAGUAACGAGUAUAAGUCCAGGUUUAGUUGACACCGAAAUGAUUUCUAACAGAAAUACGGAAGUUAUUAAAAAAAUCAUCGAAGAUAAAAUCAUUCUCAACCCUGAUGACAUCGUAGAUGGAUUGAUUUAUGUAUUGUCAACACCACCGCACGUACAGGUACAUGAACUGAUGAUACGCCCUGUCGGAGAGUUAUAUGGUUAGAAACGUGCCGAUGAUGAAAGAAUAAAGAAAACAAAAAUUAUUGUAAUGCGAGAUAUAAUAUUAAAAUACAUCAUUUCAAAAUGCAUCAAAA